AUAAAAAUCUGAAAACAACAGCACGCGAAAAUAAAAAUGCGGUAAACUUUUGAAAAAUUGAAUUAUUUCUAUCGAUUCCCUUGGCAACAGAAAAUUAAUUUACUUGUACUCGUCGGAAUCUGAAUCAUUUAAUUCCAGUCCUGCUAUAAUUUAUUGUGUUUCCUGAAGCUUCGUUUGAGUGAAAAUUAUGGCGAGUACGGCCGGUGUAAAAAUAUCGGAAGUGAAAGAUAUCGCUCGGGUGGAGCGUAUUGGAGCACAUUCCCACAUUCGGGGUUUGGGAUUAGAUGAAAGUUUUGAACCUCGUAAGAUAUCUCAAGGAAUGGUAGGACAGCUGAAAGCUCGAAAAGCUGCUGGCGUGGUUCUAGGAAUGAUCAAAGAAGGUAAAAUCGCAGGCCGUUCAGUUUUACUAGCAGGACCACCCGGCACAGGUAAAACUGCUAUAGCUAUGGGAUUAUCGCAAGCGUUAGGACCGGAUACACCAUUCACCAGUAUGUCAGGAGCGGAAGUAUACAGUUUAGAAAUGAGUAAAACUGAAGCUCUUACGCAAGCUUUAAGAAAAUCAAUCGGUGUUCGAAUAAAAGAAGAAUCUGAAAUAAUUGAAGGAGAAGUGGUUGAAAUUCAAGUGGAAAGACCGGCUACCGGCGUUGGUACAAAAAUUGGCAAACUGACUUUGAAAUCAACCGACAUGGAAACUAUUUACGAUUUAGGAAACAAAAUGAUCGAAGCGCUGAUGAAAGAAAGGGUUCAAGCUGGCGAUGUCAUUACCAUAGACAAAGCAACGGGUAAAAUAACUAGAAUUGGACGAUCUUUCACAAGAGCUCGAGAUUAUGAUGCUGCUGGUCCACAAACGAGAUUUGUUCAGUGUCCAGAAGGCGAAUUACAAAAACGAAAAGAAGUAGUACAUACUGUCACAUUGCAUGAAAUUGAUGUUAUUAAUUCUCGUACCCACGGCUUUUUAGCCUUAUUUUCUGGUGAUACCGGUGAAAUAAAAUCAGAAGUUCGCGAACAAAUUAAUUUCAAAGUAAGUGAAUGGAGAGAAGAAGGAAAAGCAGAAUUUAUCCCAGGUGUCCUUUUCAUAGAUGAGGUUCAUAUGUUGGAUAUCGAAUGUUUUUCGUUCUUGAAUCGCGCCUUGGAAGAUGAAAUGGCACCCAUCGUCAUUGUUGCUACCAAUCGUGGAGUGACGCGUAUUCGUGGAACAAAUUAUAUGUCACCGCACGGAAUUCCUUGUGAUUUAUUAGAUCGUAUGGUUAUCAUUCAAACCAGUCAUUAUGAAAAUGACGAUUUGACAGAAAUUUUAAAAAUAAGAUCAGAAGAAGAAGACUGUGAUAUACAUCGUGAUGCUUUAGAAGUGUUGACUAAAAUUGCUAAAGAAUCUUCGUUACGAUAUGCUAUUCAACUCAUUACCACAGCCAGUUUAGUAUCACGAAAAAGAAAAGCAACUGAGGUGAGCAUAGAAGAUAUCAAGAAAGUGUAUAGUUUAUUUGUCGAUGAAAAAAGAUCAAUGCAGUAUUUAAGAGAAUUACAAGACGAGUACAUGUUCCAUGAAGAAGAUCUAGAAAUUAGUGGUAUUGAAUCCAUGGUCGUUGAAUGAGUACAAUCUAAUAUUUCUGAGAUCAUUGAAGAAUUUCGAUUAUUCACCCACCUGCAGUGGAAAAAUGUGCUGUAAUUAUUGUAAUGAUGAUUUUUGUAUUAAAAAUACGUAUACAUUAAUUAAUUAUAAUUAUGAUUUGUCAGAUUGGAUAUACGAGAAGAACAUCUGUGUACUUGUA